AUGAUCGACGACGUCCCAUCCACAACAAAUCAACUACCCCCAUCACUCCUCGAUAUUCUAUCCAACUCGAUCGUUCUGGAUGGUACUCUCCCUUAUCUAUCCUUGUCGACCAUCUUCGCCUUGGCUAGGACAUCACACGCCCUGCGAGACUUACUCUUGAAUGCGCCAAGAGCCUUCCGAUAUGUUGAUUUGUCGAAAUGUCGGGGGGCUUAUGUGCCGCCGAAUCUUCUCACCAGGAUAGACUCUGGUGGCCACUCUUGGCGGGCGGAACGUAUGGAUGAGAACCUUACCGAAGACGAAUUCUACGCCGGACCGCUCCGCGGCGUGUUUGGGAAGUUGCGACGCAUGCACGUGCUGCAAAGCGUCCACACUCUGGUACUGGACGACCUCGCCUCUGUUACCGUCGACUUGAUCAACGAUAUUGUCACUGCCCCGGAGUACAACGUGCGCUUGCUCAGUAUCCGGCGGUGUCUGAACGUCAACCAGCCCAAACUACAGCAACUUCUGUGCCACCUGUGUCGGCCAAGCAGACCCGAGGGCACUCCUCGCUUGCAAGGUCUCUAUGUUUUCACCCCACCAGUUCAGGAACCCUUUGACUAUGUGCAUGCCUUUGACUACAAUUUCGACACCAUGGGCGUCUUAGGGUACCACGGCGCUCAGCUCGGAGCCCAACACAAGACAAACUGCACCACUAACUCACGUACCAUAGAACCAUGGUAUGCAGCCAGUGGUCAGGUCAUUUCCCAGGGCCAUGCACAGCGGAGCUCCUGGGAAGAAACCAUACAGACCUGCAAAGGCAUCAUCAGCUUUGAUGCUGUCCUGUGCAGUCACAUGCAUGCCGAUAUGGCACCUGUGCUUCACGUCGCUUCCAGAGACUACUUGUCAAAGAACAAACCAGGCAUUCCUCCCCUAGCAACCGUUGCCCUUGGGCCUACAGGAUGUGCCGGCUGUGGAAGGCACCCUCAUGACGCACCCGUUUGGGGCGAGAGCGACAUUCGAGACUUUCCUCUUCUCUGGCCUCCACCGCACUCGGGGAGACUUGUUGACGCAGUCCGACCUCCACCACGUGUUGCCGAAGACGGACAGAUCCUCCCUGCAAGAUUGAUCGUCUCGUGCACCUGGUGUCUCACCAACCGACAUUGCGACAGCUGUCACCGAUGGUGGUGCCCCGACUGCUAUAAUCCCAAAUUGUCAAGGCAGCUCACCACAGAUAUAGAACGGCUCUCCGGUACCUCGGCCGGCUUCUUGCCGGCUAAUGCAAUCAAAGGUGGAUCUAGCGAGGGUGAUCGCGUCAAGGUAUUUAAUGGUCUCUGUGUUGAAAAUUGCCUUGUCGGUGAAUGGAUGGCUGGAGCAGGAGGUGGCGGAAUGUGGGGAUAG